AAAGCAAAUGGGACGACUACUAGUCAGUCGAUACAUAUACUAUUCUGUGUCUCAUACAAUAUAUAUAGCCAUGUAGGUUAUAUUUGGCAAGCGUAUAUACGGAGAGAGAGAGAGAGAGAGAGAGAAGCAGAUUCUUCCUUUUUCUAAGCUGUUUCCAAUUUGAAAAAAAAACACAUAAGAGACAAAAUAUAUAGAAAGAAAUGGAGAGAGAGAGUGAAAUAAAGCAAUCAAAAUUCAAGAGGAUUUGUGUGUUCUGUGGGAGUAGCCAAGGCAAAAAGAGUAGCUACCAAGAUGCUGCUAUUGAGCUUGGCAAGGAAUUGGUCUCGAGGAACAUUGAUCUGGUCUACGGAGGUGGUAGCAUAGGCCUAAUGGGAUUGGUUUCACAAGCUGUUCAUGAUGGUGGUCGGCAUGUUAUUGGAGUUAUUCCCAAGAUGCUUAUGCCUCGAGAGUUAACUGGUGAGACUGUAGGGGAAGUGAAAGCAGUUGCAGAUAUGCAUCAAAGAAAAGCAGAGAUGGCUAAGCACUCAGAUGCUUUUAUUGCCUUACCAGGUGGUUAUGGGACUCUUGAAGAGCUACUUGAAGUGAUAACCUGGGCUCAACUUGGCAUACAUGAUAAACCAGUGGGAUUGCUGAAUGUGGAUGGAUACUACAACUCACUGCUGUCAUUUAUUGACAAAGCUGUGGAAGAAGGUUUCAUUAGUCCAAGUGCACGGCAUAUCAUUGUAUCUGCACCAACAGUGAGAGAGUUAGUGAAGAAAUUGGAGGAGUAUGUCCCUCGCCAUGAACGAGUUGCUUCAAAGCUAAGCUGGGAGAUUGAGCAACUUGGCUACCCUCAAAAAUAUAAUAUAUCUCGAUGAAAAAGGAUUUCGCCAUAGAAUUGUAGUAGAUGGCAUUUUGGCAGUGGAAAAGAAGCUAACUUGGAAAAAUCUGAUACUUUCAGUGUGUGGGGAUUUUUUUUGUAAAUUACUUGCUGCAGUUGACUUCAAUAUGUGAAGCUUCACUAUUCCCUUCAAUUGGAAGCUUGGUUUUCUUUUUUAAGUUGUAAGUACUGGAUGCUUAUGGAAAUUCCCUUUUGGUGGUAACUUAUCCAAGUAUUUUGCUUUGUGCUAUGUUUCUGUUUUUUAA